AUGUGGCGGCCAACCUUGACGAUUUUCCGUAAGGUAAUCUUACCUUCUCUGAAAGAAAACACAUUUUCCAAAGUCUUAUAUUCAACUAAAACCAAGCUCCCUAAAUCAACGGCAAAAUUAACAUUGGUGAGCGCUAGUGUUGGAAUAUUGAUAGGUGCCGGCUAUGGAGGUUACACACAUUACAAAGUAAAUGUUAACAAACGAAAUAAUGUCAUUGAAACUGAUGAAUAUGCCUUUUUAAAAGAAGCACCAGAAUACAAAGCUCAUUACAAGGUUUUGAAUGAGACAGACUUUAGCAAUUUACAACUUAUUUUGUUUCAAUAUCGUACAUGCCCAUUUUGUUGCAAAGUAAGAACAUAUUUGGAUGCUAAAGGAAUCAGCUAUGAAGUUGUUGAAGUUGAUGCUGUUCUCCGACAAGCAAUAAAAUGGUCAGGUUAUAAGAAAGUGCCUAUUUUAUUAGCAAAAGUAGAAGAUGGUUAUCAGCAAUUACUUGAUAGUACUGCAAUUAUAUCUGUCCUUGAAACAUAUCUCCGGGAUAAAUCAAUGCAGUUAAGAGACAUCAUAAAAUAUUAUCCCACAACCCGGUAUACCAAUGAUUCUGGAAAAGAUGUAACAGAUAUAACCAAUAAAUAUUUUGUUAUGUUAAAUAGUGCAACAAGUGAAAAAAAGAAAAUUAUUGAAAUGGAAGAGCGGGACUGGAGGAAAUGGGCAGAUUCUGUAUUGGUUCACACAUUGUCACCUAAUGUCUACCGAACAACCGAAGAAGCUAUUGAGACAUUUAAAUGGUUUGAAGUUGUUGGUGGUUGGAGGGAAUCUUUCCCAGCUUGGGAAGUUGCACUUAUGGUUUAUGGUGGUGCAGCUGCAAUGUGGAUAAUUUCAAAGAGGCUUAAAAAGAGACAUAACAUUAAAGAUGACGAGCGUCAGUCAUUAUAUGAUGCAGCCAAUGAUUGGAUGUCGGCCAUUCAAAAGAAAGGCACUAUUUAUCUUGGUGGUAAUACACCUAAUUUGGCAGAUAUAAGCGUAUUUGGUGUACUGUGUAGUAUUGAGGGAUGUCGAGCUUUUGAAGACUUGAGGCAAAACACAGCAAUUGGUAAUUGGUUUGAUAAUAUGAAAAAACACUUAGAGACCACUAAAGGGAGGGUUAUACCCCUUUAA